CAAGCUUGCGAGCCGUGUUCGAGGCGGAAGGUGCGAUGCGACAAACAACAGCCAUGCUCAAACUGCAAGCGGAGAAAGCAGGACCAAUGUACCUACCCCGAGGUACAACCCAUUGACCGCAUCAAANAACUAGAAUCCCUUGUCAGAAGUCUCGGUGGAGAUCCGAACACUGAUGAAAGUCGUCCAUCAAAACGUGCAAGGACAGGCCCUUCUUUUGUUGAGUCUCGGGAUGCCGAGGAUGCUCGCGACACCACCGAGGCCGAACGCGGCCAACCUAUUAUGCUUGAACAGAACGGACAGUCAUAUUAUGUCGAAUUGGAAGCCUGGCAUUCUCAUGUUGGUCAAGACGAGGAUCAACAAAAUGGACACAAUCAUGAUGUCUUGAUGAGUCGACCACUGGUCUCCAGAACAAAACCCGAUGCCCUGAAAGGUCUCAUGCGCAUCGAUUAUGCUAUAGGUCUCUCAUCACAGCAUCCUUCCAUAGAGGACGCCAAUUUCCUGUGGGACAGAUUUGAACGUAAUGCAAACCCGUUGAUCAAAAUUGACUUUGAUUGGGCUCUCAAGCAAGUACGGUCCAAUGCGACGACCUUUGAGGGUCGAAUGCAACUCAAAGAUGAGGAUCAUGCUUUUGUGUUCUGUGUUUAUCUAUUGAGCAUCGUCAGUAUACCUGAAGAAGAGUGUACAAAAGUCUUGCGCCAACCGAAACAAGUUCUGCUUUCCCACUACCAGGCAAUUUGCGAGCAGGCAUUGUCGCGCAGCAAUAUCUUUUGCAUCACAGAUGUCAUCAUCAUCCGAGCAAUACUUCUCUACAUCGCUGCCUCCAUGGAGAGGUUGAGUAUCCAAAGUCUCUUCUCACUCAUGGGUCUUACGAUACGCAACGCGGAGAAGUUGGGUAUUCACCGCGACGGCACUCUGCUUGGUCUAAGUCCAGUAGAGACUGAGAGUCGUCGUCGACUGUGGUGGCACUUACAGCAUCUCGAUCUCGCUUUAGGUGUCCGUUGUGGAACCACACCACUCACACUCAUGGCUGCGUGGGACGCUCGGGUGCCCCUCAACAUCGAUGACAGCGAUAUCCAGCCCGGCAUGACAGAACCUCCACCGGAGCGGAAAAGUCUGACAAGCUUAUCAUAUUGCUUAUGGACGUACUGGAUUGUGUCACAACAGCGAGACUUCUUCAAGGAGAACAACGGCAAACUCGGUAUCUCGUGGGCGAGUAACAAGACUGUAUCCCAUGCCAAGAAGAAUACUCUUCUAGACAUCAUGGAAGACGGUCUGAAUAAGAAGUUUCUCCAGUAUUGCGACCCUAUCAAGCCGCUCGAUAUCAUGGUACAACUCACCUCUAGGGCAUUGAUCUGUACCAUGCGCAUGUUUACCUUGCACCCAAUGUCUUUCAGUGGCAGCGCAAAUAUGACCGAUGCAGAACGACACUCCCAGCUCGUGGAUGCGGCGAUCAAAUCAUUGGAGUACAACAUUGCGCUCAAUUCUCGACCGGAGAUACAGCGUUUCCACUGGUUCAUCAAUGGAUACUUCCAGUGGCAUGCANUCGUUAUAGUCGAAGUCAUGCAACUCAAAGGCUCGCCCAAAGCUCAACGCAUCUGGGACUUGCUAUCCGAUCUCUACACAUACAACAAGAACCUACUCGAGCUAUCCGAGGAUCGAAGGAAACUUCAUGCGGCAGAGUUGAUCACCAGUGCUUGGAAAGCUCAUCAGUCGGUCACCCCUUCUGCCACAACUCCAUUGUGUGUCUCUGUACUGGAAAAACUUCUCCAGGACAGGCAUACAGAUGUGACACAGACACAAUGUGAGAUUUUCGGGCAGCCUUUGGAACCUGUGAUGACUGAUGAGGAUCUCAAUGUCAUCCUUGGUCUCGAAUUCGAAGAUAUAGAUUGGGGCUUCUGGGCGGGUAUGGAA